UCACCGUUCAGACAUAACGUCGCAGGCUGGGGUUCGUUUGGUCAAGUGUUGGAAGAAAACCUAGCUCUACAUGAGGUGAGGUGUGACGUCGAUGGCAAUUACUUUUCUAGCACAGCUGGCCUCGUGUCAUAGCUGGUUGGAUAAUGCAUGGACAAUCUUGAUUGAAGUGUUAUUUUAAACUUGUAAAUUCGUUGCUAUUUUACUGGAGUUGACGUUUAUCAUUUUAGGAAGGUGGUUGUCUACCAAAAGCAGUGGAAGUUCGAAUCUCAACACAUAAGUGAAGGAAGAGUCAUGGGUGUCAGUGGAAGCAAUAGCAAUACCCCUUUGACACAAAAAAUAGGUGAUGUGGCCUGUCAGUGCCUUCUCUAAACCCUAUUGUUUGAAAAGGUUGUUAAGGGUUGCUAGACAAUGAGUACGGUUACAUGCACACAAUAAUACUCUUUAUUGUGAAUAGUCAGAACAAUAUAAUAGUUCGAUUUAAAUAUGUAAGUUACAUGCUUUGCGAGAACGAUUUCCCCUAAUAAUCCUGUUUACAUGGACACAUCUGAAAUCAGGCUAACUGAUGGGACUUUGAUACAUGCAGAAAAUCGCCACUCAAAAAUAAACGUUAUACCACAGCGACCACGUUAUUUUUGUGAUGCCUAUUUGAUUGAGUUUGUAUUUCUAAGAUGCAUACUUUUAGUUUUUUCGAACUCACUAAAUUCGCGCAGAGAAGGAAGCUGGCGCUGCCAGUGUUACUACAUGCGCAGAUCUAACUCUUAGUCUACAUGGCCUAAUAAAUAUUCUAAAGGAAACCAAGUGUUUUAUUUGGCUUAUGCUUACUUAGAUUAUGACCUAACCCCAUUAAGAUAAGCAGAGUAAGGUGUUUACAUGACUAAUUCCAUACUCGGCCUACUGCCAUAAUCGGUUAAAUAUCGAAAUGUUAGUGUGCAUGUAAACGUACUCCAUUAUGAUUUUACUCUUGUGCAUGUUACUCAUCAUUUGAAUUUCCAGAUUUUGCUUUUUUUUUUUUUUUCACCCAGUAAAUGGUCAACAGCUCUCUCAGAUCCUUUUGGACUUUUCAGAGCAUGUAAGAAUUUUUACUUCCUGAUUUUGAACAACACACAGGUCUUUGGCUCUCAUGUCAAGUUAUUUAUAUUUCAAUUACUUGUCCUUUUUAUAGAUGCAGAACUUCGACCAGUAUAAUACAAGGAUGCUUUUUGCACAACAAGUCAUAUCCUUGGUGAAAACAUCCACCUUGAACAGGGGCCGAGUGUGUGCAAGAAAUGUCCAUGAACUUUGACCACAUGUUAUUUAUGUUAUUUUCAGAGACGUGAAAUGAAUUCCAUUGACGUGGCAGAUGGAGCACUUAAUGGGAACACCAUUAACGUGGCAGAUGGAGCACUUCAUGGGAACACCAUUAACGUGGCAGAUGGAGCACUUCAUGGGAACACCAUUAACGUGGCAGAUGGAGCACUUCAUGGGAACACCAUUAACGUGGCAGAUGGAGCACUUCAUGGGAACACCAUUAACGUGGCAGAUGGAGCACUUCAUGGGAACACCAUUAACGUGGCAGAUGGAGCACUUCAUGGGAACACCAUUAACGUGGCAGAUGGAGCACUUCAUGGGAACACCGUUAACGUGGCAGAUGGAGAACUUCAUGGGAACACUGAAGUACACAAAGUAGGUGAGGAACAGUAGUAGGCGAUGCUUUCCACACCAUCCAUCCUGCAUAGUUUCAGAGAUAUAGGCUGUGAACAUCGCAUUCACCCAGAAACUAUACUGAACAAAAAUAUAAACGCAACUUGCAACAAUUUCAUAGAUUUUACUGAGUUACAGUUUAUAUGAGGAAAUCAGUCAAUAUAAAUAAAUUCAUUAGGCCCUAAUCUAUGGAUUUCACAUGACUGGGAAUACAGAUGUGCAUCUGUUGGUCACAGAUACCUUAAAAAUAUAUAUUUUUUAAAUGGGCCUCAGGAUCUCGUCAUGGUAUCUCGAUAAAAUGCUAUUGGGUUUGUUGUCUGUAGCUUAUGCCUGCCCAUAACAUAACCCCACCGCCACCAGGGGGCACUGUGUUCACAAUGUUGACGUCAGCAAACUGCUCACCCAUUACUUUAUUUAACCAGGUAAGCCAGUUGAGAACAAGUUCUCAUUUCCAACUGCGACCUGGCCAAGAUAAAGCAAAGCAGUGCGAUAAAAACAACAACAACAACAGUUACAUAUGGGGUAAACAAAACGUACAGUCAAUAACACAAUAGAAAAUCUAUAUACAGUGUGUGCAAAUGUAGUAAGUUAUGGAGGUAAGGCAAUAAAUAGGCCAUAGUGCAAAAUAAUUACAAUUAGUAUUAACACUGGAGUGAUAGAUGUGCAGAAGAUGAUGUGCAAAUAGAGAUACUGGGGUGCAAAUGAGCAAAAUAAAUAACAAUAUGGGGAUGAGGUAGUUGGGUGGGCUAAUUACAGAUGGGCUGUGUACAGGUGCAGUGAUCGGUAAGGUGCUCUGACAACUGAUGCUUAAAGUUAGUGAGGGAGAUAAGUGUCUCCAGCUUCAGAGAUUUUUGCAGUUCGUUCCAGUCAUUUGCAGCAGAGAACUGGAAGGAAUGGCGGCCAAAGGAGGUGUUGGCUUUGGGGAUGACCAGUGAGAGAUACCUGCUGGAGCGCAUACUACGGGUGGGUGUUGCUAUGGUGACCAAUGAGCUAAGAUAAGGCGGGGAUUUGCCUAGCAGUGAUUUAUAGAUGACCUGGAGCCAGUGGGUUUGGCAACGAAUAUGUAGUGAGGGCCAGCCAACGAGAGCAUACAGGUCACAGUGGUGGGUAGUAUAUGGGGCUUUGGUGACAAAAUGAUGGCACUGUGAUAGACUACAUCCAAUUUGCUGAGUAGAGUGUUGGAAGCUAUUUUGUAAAUGACAUCGCCAAAGUCAAGGAUCGGUAGGAUAGUCAUUUUUACGAGGGCAUGUUUAGCAGCAUGAGUGAAGGCUUUGUUGCGAAAUAGGAAGCCGAUUCUAGAUUUAACUUUGGAUUGCAGAUGCUUAAUGUGAGUCUGAAAGGAGAGUUUACGGUCUAACCAGACACCUAGGUAUUUGUAGUUGUCCACAUAUUCUAAGUCAGACUCGCCGAGAGUAGUGAUUCUAGUCGGGUGGGCGGGUGCAAGCAGUGUUCGAUUGAAGAGCAUGCAUUUAGUUUUACUAGCGUUUAAGAGCAGUUGGAGUGUUGUAUGGCAUUGAAGCUCGUUUGGAGGUUUAAGUGUCCAAUGAAGGGCCAGAUGUAUACAAAAUGGUGUCGUCUGCAUAGAGGUGGAUCUGAGUCACCAGCAGCAAGAGCGACAUCAUUGAUAUACACAGAGAAUAGAGUCGGCCCGAGAAUUGAACCCUGUGGCACCCCCAUAGAGACUGCCAGAGGUGGGGGGGGGCAUGGGCAAGUUGCAGAGGAGGGUGCAGAGCUGGUGGCCGGGGUAGGGGUAGCCAGGUGGAACGCAUGGCCAGCCGUAGCAAAAUGCUUAUUGAAAUUCUCGAUUAUCGUAGAUUUAUCGGUGGUGAUAGUGUUUCCUAGCCUCAGUGCAGUGGGUAGCUGGGAGGAGGUGCUCUUAUUCUCCAUGGACUUUAGUGUCCCAAAACUUUUUAAAGUUAGUGCUACAGGAUGCAAAUUUCUGUUUGAAAAAGCUAGCCUUUGCUUGUGUAUAUUGGUUCCUGACUUCCCUGAAAAGUUGCAUUUCGCGGGGGCUGUUCGAUGCUAAUGCAGUACGCCACAGGAUGUUUUUGUGCUGGUCAAGGGCAGUCAAGUCUGGGGUAAACCAGGGGCUAUAUCUAUUCUUAGUUCUGAAUUUCUUGAAUGGGGCAUGUUUAUUUAAGAUGGAGAGGAAAGCACUUUUGAAGAACAUCCAGGCAUCCUCUACUGACGGAAUGAGGUCAAUAUCCAUCCAGGAUACCCGGGCCAGGUCAAUUAGAAAGGCCUGCUCGCUGAAGUGUUUUAGGGAGCGUUUGACAAUGAUGAGGGGUGGUAGUUUGACUGCGGACCCGUUACGGACGCAGGCAAUGAGGCAGUGAUCGCAGAGAUCCUGGUUGAAGACAGCGGAGGUGUAUUUAGAGGGUAAAUUAGUCAGGAUGAUAUCUAUUAGGGUGGCCUUCCUAAGCCAAAAUUCAGACACUGCUAGAACAUCAGGGUUGGCAGAGCGAAUAACUCAAACUUAGGAAGUAGACUUCUGAUGUUAACAUGCAAGAAACCAAGGCUUUUACAGUUACAGAAGUCAACAAAUGAUAGCGCCUGGGGAGUAGGAGUGAUACUGGGGGCUACAGGUCUGGGUUAACCUCUACAUCACCAGAGGAACAGAGGAGGACUAGAAUAAGGAUACGGCUAAAGGCUUUAAGAACUGGUCUUCUAGUGCGUUGGGUACAGAGAAUAAAAGGGGCAGAUUUCCGGGCGUUGUAGAAUUGAUUCAGGGCAUUAUGUACAGACAAGGAUAUGAGUACAGUGGAAGUACACCUAAGCAUUGGGUAACUAUGAAAGCGAGAGCAUCACUGGAGGUACCGAUUGAGCCAGUCUGCACUUGUAUGGGGGGUGGGACAAAGGGUGGUUGAGCUGAACUUGGGGCUCUACAGUGAAAUUGUAUAAUAAGAACUAACCCAAACAGCAAAUGGCUAGGCAUAUUGACAUGGGAGAGGGGCAUAACGCAAUCACAGGUGUUAUUCGAGAGGGCUAAGACAACAACUGGUAAUGGCGACGAAAGUUUGGGCUGAGGCUAAACAGAUAAACAGGACAGGGUACCAUGUAAAGGAACAGUCCAGCAGGCAUCAGCUGUGUAGCUGAGUGAUCAUAAGGUCCAGUGGACAGCACUAAGUAUGUCCGGGAGCAGAUCGUAGGCUGCUACAGCACAGGCGAGCAGGAGGCACGGCUGUUGAUUGCGCGUGCUAGCGGGCCGGGGCUAGCAGUUGGAUCUUCGUGGUCGUCGCAACGGGAAGCCUGUUGAAACCACAUCAGACGAUUACGUCGGCAGACCAGUCUUGAUGGAUUGGUGGGGCUCCGUGUCAACACUAGGAGGUCCCGUCCGGUUGACAGAGAGGUAGAUAGCCGGGAGAUGGGCCUGGCACAUGAAGCCAUACACGUGGUCUGCGGUUGUGAGGCCGGUUGGAUGUACUGCCAAAUUCUCUAAAGUGAUGUUGGAGGUGGCCUAUGGUAAAAAUGAACAUUACAUUAUCUGGCAACCGCUCUGGUGGACAUUCCUGCAGUCAGCAUGCCAAUUGCAUGCUACCUCAACUUGAGACAUCUGUGUUGUCACAAAACUGCACGUUUUAGAGUGGCUUUGUAUUGUCCCCAGCACAAGGUGAACCUGUGUAAUGUUCAUGCUGUUUAUUCAGCUUCUUGAUAUGCCACACCUGUCAGGUGGAUGGAUUAUCUUGGCAAAGGAGAAAUGCUCACUAACAGGGAUUUGCAGCUUGCUGAGACCAACUAACUAGCGUUUAGCAGAGAGCAAGUUGCACAAACUAUUAGUAUAAUCUAGAAAGACGUGAAGCGGUCAAAAGAGGAGAGACUGAGCAAGAACUCAAAAAAGUAAAAAAAAAACGGGUGUUUACAUACGGCUAAGUGGUUUUUCACAAUAUCGCAGCCUCUUGCAAUAUGGAUAUUGCACAUGUCAAUAUUGCAAUAUUGAUUUAAAAUUAGAUUUAAUUGUGCAGCCUUACUAGUGGGUUCUAUUCCCUGGACCACGCAUGUGUAAAAUUGUAAGUCGCUUUGGAUAAAAGUGUCUGCUAAAUGCCUAUUAUUUAUCCGGGCCCAUAGGUUUGAGUUGACUCCAAUGGGACAUCAGCCAAGAGGUAAAAACUCCUGUUAUCAGAUCAAUGGCUUCCCUCCAGCCCUGCUAGUUUAUCUCCUCCAUGAGGAGCUGACCUAUCGGAGGGAGCAGGGGCAUUUCUCUUACCAUGCCACAGGGGGGCGCCAUAGGGUACAUUUUCUUUACCCUCACCAGAACCUACCUCUCAGCAAAGCUGUCUGGUGUACCCUGGGAAAGUUGGCCUAGACUACUUAGUAUCCUUCAAUCUAAUCUAUCUUGAAUAUCUGUCAUUUUAAAGAAUGGCGCUGGAAUGGAUAGCAGCCGUUUUACAGGCUCCUGACCAAUUCUGUUAUUAGGUGUUUUUUUGCACUGAUCGUAAUUAUAUAUAUUUUUCCCUAUAUAAUGUUUCCGCCAUCGUUUCCUAUGACUGAAAAUAGCUUCUGGACAUCAGAACAGCGUUCACUAACCUCUAUUUGGAUGAAGAUUUCUACUUACAAUGAGUGUUUUGAGGCGAAGGAUGUACUGCUUACCCCGGACCCUAAUCCCAGAGACUCUUAAGCGAAAGAGAAGGCCGACGUGCGGUCACCAUGACGACAAUACACUGGGGAGUACAUAAACUACCUCUACCCUUCAUUCUAUUGGCGAACGAACUGGACGAGCUCCGUCCCCUGCACAUCGACUUGGUACUGGUGUCCCGUGUAUAUAGCCAGGUUAUCAUCGACUCGGUACUGGUACCCUGUGUAUAUAGCCAAGUUAUCAUAGACUCGGUACUGGUAACCCCGUGUAUAUAGCCAAGUUAAUCAUAGACUCUGUACUGGUCCCUGUGUAUAUAGCCAAGUUAUCAUAGACUCUGUACUGGGUACCCCGUGUAUAUUAGGCUAAGUUUAUCAUAGACUCUGUAACUGGUACCCUGUGUAUAUAGCCAAGUUAUCAUAACCUCUGUACUGGUACCCGUGUAUAUAGCCAGUUACAUGACUCGUACUGGGUCCCGUGUAUAUAGCUAAGUUAUUCAUAGACUCUGUACUGGUACCCUGUUGUAAUAGCCAAUUUAUCAUAGACUGGUUACUGGUACCCUGUGUAUAUAGCCAAGUUAUCAUAGACUCGGUACUGGUACCCUGUGUAUAUAGCCAAGUUAUCAUAGACUCUGUACUGGUACCCUGUGUAUAUAGCCAAGUUAUCAUAGACUCUGUACUGGUACCCUGUGUAUAUAGCCAAGUUAUCAUAGACUCGGUACUGGUACCCUGUGUAUAUAGCCAAGUUAUCAUAGACUCGGUACUGGUACCCUGUGUAUAUAGCCAAGUUAUCAUAGACUCUGUACUGGUACCCUGUGUAUAUAGCCAAGUUAUCAUAGACUCUGUACUGGUACCCCGUGUAUAUAGUCAAGUUAUCAUAGACUCUGUACUGGUACCCCGUGUAUAUAGCUAAGUUAUCAUAGACUCUGUACUGGUACCCUGUGUAUAUAGCCAAGUUAUCAUAGACUCGGUACUGGUACCCUGUGUAUAUAGCCAGGUUAUCAUAGACUCGGUACUGGUGUCCCGUGUAUAUAGCCAAGUUAUCAUAGACUCUGUACUGGUACCCUGUGUAUAUAGCCAAGUUAUCAUAGACUCGGUACUGGUACCCUGUGUAUAUAGCCAAGUUAUCAUAGACUCAGUACUGGUACCCUGUGUAUAUAGCCAAGUUAUCAUAGACUCGGUACUGGUACCCCGUGUAUAUAGCCAAGUUAUCAUCGACUCGGUACUGGUACCCUGUGUAUAUAGCCAAGUUAUCAUAGACUCUGUACUGGUACCCCGUGUAUAUAGCCAAGUUAUCAUAGACCCGGUACUGGUACCCCGUGUAUAUAGCCAAGUUAUCAUCGACUCGGUACUGGUACCCUGUGUAUAUAGCCAAGUUAUCAUAGACUCGGUACUGGUACCCCGUGUAUAUAGCCAAGUUAUCAUAGACCCGGUACUGGUACCCCGUGUAUAUAGCCAAGUUAUCAUAGACCCGGUACUGGUACCCCGUGUAUAUAGCCAAGUUAUCAUCGACUCGGUACUGGUACCCCGUGUAUAUAGCCAAGUUAUCAUAGACUCGGUACUGGUGUCCCGUGUAUAUAGCCAAGUUAUCAUAGACUCUGUACUGGUACCCUGUGUAUAUAGCCAAGUUAUCAUAGACUCUGUACUGGUACCCCGUGUAUAUAGCCAAGUUAUCAUAGACUAUGUACUGGUACCCCGUGUAUAUAGCCAAGUUAUCAUAGACUCUGUACUGGUACCCCGUGUAUAUAGCCAAGUUAUCAUAGACUCGGUACUGGUGUCCCGUGUAUAUAGCCAAGUUAUCAUAGACUCUGUACUGGUACCCUGUGUAUAUAGCCAAGUUAUCAUAGACUCGGUACUGGUACCCCGUGUAUAUAGCCAAGUUAUCAUAGACUAUGUACUGGUACCCUGUGUAUAUAGCCAAGUUAUCAUAGACUCGGUACUGGUACCCCGUGUAUAUAGCCAAGUUAUCAUAGACUCUGUACUGGUACCCCGUGUAUAUAGCCAAGUUAUCGUUUCUCAUUGUGGAUUUAGUAUUACUUUUAUUAUUACGUGUUGUUACUUUUCUAUUAUUUCUCAAUUUUCUGUGUCUUGUUGGGAAGGGCCCGUAAGUAAGCAUUUCACUGUUGGUCUACACACUUUGUUUACGAAGCAUGUGACAAAUACAAUUAGUUUUGUCUUGAAAUUGACAGGUUGCCCCUUUUCCCCUACAUUGAGGUCUGACGGCAGACUGCACAACCAGUUUAACAAUUAAACUUGAACUGGCUUUUUUUUUGUCGAUGUUGAUGGCUUGUGACAUUAUGUUCUUAGAUUAUUGCUGCGUUCCAUCAACUUUUAUUCAGAAACUGCCAUUCAAUUCCAUUAACUAUUUUGUAGCUCCUUAAUGCAGUACCUCAGACUUCCACAGGGUAGUGCUGGAGUUCCAAGAAGUGAACCCUCCAUGUUUUGAUGCGAGCAACAAGCCUCUUAUUCCAGCUCAAUGGUACAAUCAGACAGAUCACCAUUGGCCUUCAGGAGGAUGAAUGUAAGCACAAUAACAUCAUCCAUGCCUGCAUUGCAUUUAUAAAGUUGUAUCCUAAUUGUGACAUUAUGGGUUGGGAUCAGUUAAAAUUCCGUUUACGUCCUGGUAUUAAAUGUAUUUGGUAUUUUAGUCUACUUCCUGUAUUGAACUGGUCAUAAUGUGUUCUGUAUUAAUUUCCUUUGAGUCUAAGGGUGUUUUCACAUAGUCCUCUUUUUAAAGUGAACUCUGGGGCUAAAAAAAAUGCUAAACUGUUCUUUGUGUUCACACUGCCCUUUGAAUGAGGACUCAACUCUUUUGCCAGUUCACUUCACCUAUUUUUUGGAACGAGUCCUCUUUGCCUUCACAUUGCUAUGUUUAGAAAGGAACCAAAUAUAUUUUCCCAACAUGCACUCUGGGGUUUUUACAAAGUGUAGGACAAGCCAUUCAAUCAGAAUGUGUUAUUGGACAGCUAGAUACACCUACUUACAUUUUGGAAGCUAAUAGAUUGCAUUUAGUUAGAUUAUGAGACAUAAUAAUUGUAAUAAGAAGAUACUAUUAACGUGUACAUUUAGUUUGGUAGCAUAAUAAAUGACAAUAGAAUACCUGCAGAAUAAAUAAUGCUGUAGUUGAAAAUUGUCCACCCAAGGUAGGCUACUGCCCCUUUUAAGAGCUAGAAAAGAUUUUGUACCCCAUGUUGUGAUUCUCACCAAAUAUGUCUUCUCAAUCUAUUCAAACCCCACAAUCAAUAAAUAGCUUAUGAAGCUUUCGUAGCCUAUAGAUCACAUAUUGCAAACAAAUAAUCGGAACUGAAAACUACACACAUUGUGGAAUUUCUGUGCGUCCUUGACAAUCGCUAAUCAAUAACCAAAAACUACACACUUUUUUCCCCCCCGCAAACCUGCACAUCAUCAUCCUCUCUUUUGUGGCACCGAUGUGAGGGUUUAUGGCAGUAGUCUAGUGUGAGGGGUUAUGGCAGUAGUCUAGUGUGAGGGGUUAUGGCAGUAGUCUAGUGGGAGGGGUUAUGGCAGUUAGUCUAUGUGAGGGGUUUUGGGAGUUGUCCCAGGGGGGGGGGUUUGGAAAAUAGUUAGUGUGGGGGGGGGGUUUUUGGCAGGGGAAACGGGGCAGUAGUCUUUGUGAGGGGUUUGGGGAGUAGCUAGUGUGAGGGGUUAUGGCAAAAUAGGGGGGCUAAAAUGGGGAGGGGGGUUUUUUUGGCAGUAUCUAUGUGGGGGUUAUGGCAAUAGUUCCCAGGUGUGAGGGGUUAUGGGAAAUUGUUUGUGGGGAGGGGUUAUUGGGGAGUGUUAGUGUGAGGGGGGUUUUGGGGAGGGGAAAAAGGUGUUGCUUUGUUUGGGGUGAGGGGGUUUUGGCCCGGGGAAAAGGUGUUGCAGUAGUCCCAGUUGGGGGGUUUUGGGGUAAGUCUAGUGUGGAGGGUUAUGGCAGUAUUUUAGUGUUAAAGGGGGUUUUGGCCCUAGCUAGUGUGAGGGGGUUUUGGGAGAUUCCCAGUGUGGGGGUUAUGGCAGUAGUCUAUGGAGGGGUUUUUGCAGGGGAAACGUGUUGCAGUGUCUAGUGUGGGGGGUUAAAGGCAGGUCAGUGGGGGGGUUUUGGCAGUAGUCUAGGUGAGGGUUAGGCGUUUGUCUUUGUGAGGGUUAUGCGUAGUCCCAGUGUUAAGGGGGUUUUGGCAUAAAUCCCAGGGUGGGGGGUUUUGGAAAUAGUCCCAGUGUGGGGGGGUUUUGGCCCGUUUGUUAGGGGGUGGGGGUUUUGGCAAAAUAAAUCUAGUGUGGGGGUUAUUUGGGAGUAGUCUAAAUGUUAGGGGGUUUUGGCAGUAGUCUAUGGGAGGGGUUAUGGCAGUAGUCUAGGUGAGGGGUUUUUUGGCAGUUUGUCUAGUUUUUGAGGGGGUUUUGGCGUAUUUGUGUGAGGGGUUAUGGCCGAGUCUAUUUUGAGGGGGUUUUGGCAGGGGAAACAGGGGUUGGGAGUAUUUUAGUGUGAGGGGUUUUUGGCAAAUAGUUAAAUGUGAGGGGGGUUUUUGGAAGGGGGAAAAAAUGUUGAAAAGGGGUUUUUGUGGGGGUUAUGGAAAUAAUUAGGGUGGGGGGGGAUGGAAAUAGGCAGGGGGAGGGGGUUUUGGGAAAUAGGUUUGUGUGAGGGGUUAUGGCAGGGGCCGGGGUUAAAAGGGGAAAAAGGGGAAAACCCCGGGGCCGGAGCAAAAAAGGGGGGGGGAAAAAAAAACCAAAAAAAAUUUUUCAAAUUGAGGGGGAGGCCCCCAAACCCCCGGUGAGGGGAAGGAGUGAAAAAAAAGUGGGGGGGGAAAAAAAACAGGAAGGGGAAAAGGGGAAGGGCAAAAGGGGGAAACGGGGGGAAAAGUCCUAGGGAAGGGGUUUUGGCAGGAAAAGGGGGGGUUUAAGGGGUUGGGCCAAAAAGGGGGAAAGGGGGUUAAAAGAUAGUUCCCAGUUUUUGGGGGGGUUAAAGGCAGGGGCGGGGAGGGAAAAAAAGGGAGAAAACUAGGGGAGGGGUUUUGGCAAAAGGGGAAACGGGGUUGCAGAAAACUAUGGAGGGGCCAAAAGCUAGGUGAAAGGGGUUAAAAGGCCCCGUUUGGGGGAGUGGAGGGGGAUGGCAAUAUUCUAGGGGGUGAGGGGUUUUGGCAGGGGGAAAGGGGGUUUGGGGAAAUAGUCUUUGUGGGGGGGGUUUGGCAGUAAAUUAAAAUGGGGGGGGGUUAUGGGGCAAAAGGAAAGGGAGGGGUUAAAAAGGAAAAUUUUUAAAAGUUUGCAGUUUUCCCGUGUGGGGGUUUUUGGCAGUAUCCUAUGUGGGGGUUAUGGCAGUGUCUAGUGGAGGGGUUUGGCAGUAGUUAGUGUGGGGGUUAUGGGGAUUAAAUCAGUGGGGGGGGUUAGGCAGUAGUUUUAGUGGGGGGGUUAAAGGCAGGGAAAGGGGGCUAGUUGGGGAGGGUUUAAAGGGAGUAGUUUAUGGAGGGGUUUUGGGCAGUUGUCUAGUGUGAGGGGGGAUGGGAGGGGGCCUUUGGGGUGAGGGUUUCAGGGGAAAGGGGGUUUUGGGGUAGUCCCAGUGUGGGGGGGUUUUGGCAGUAGUCUAGUGUGGGGUUUUGGCAUGUCUAUUUUGAGGGGUUAUGGCAGGGGAAAAAAAGGGUUGGGAGUAGUUAGUUUGGGGGUUUUUUGGCGUAUUAGUGUGGGGGGUUUUGGAAAUAGUCUAGUGUGAGGGGUUAUGGGCAGUUUUGUCUGUGUGGGGGGGGGUUUUUGGCCCGUUUAGUGGGGGGGGUUUUUUGGCGGGGGGGGGGUUGGGGAGUUCUAGUGUGAGGGGUUUUUUGGCAGUUUGUUUUAGUGUGGGGGUUAUGGCAGUUGUUAGGUGGUGAGGGGUUUAUGGCAGGGAAAGGUUCUAUUUUGGGGGGUAUGGCAGUAGUUAGGUGGGGGGUUAUGGCCGUAGUUUUAUGUGAGGGGUUUUGGCAGUUUGUCCCCCAGUUUUUGAGGGGUUAUGGAAAGGGGGAAAAAGGGUUCAGUAGUCCCAGUGUGGGGGGAUGGGGUGUCUAGGUGGGGGGUUUUUGGGGAAAUAGUCUGUGUAGGGGUUUUUUAUGGAAAUAGUUAAAUGUGAGGGGGUUUUUGGGGUAGUCCCAGUGGGGGGGGUUUUGGGGGAAACGGUUUUUUUGCCCGGGGAAGGGUUUUUAGUUGGGGAGGGGGUUUAUUUUUUUUGGGUUGGGUUUCUAAAAUGUUUGGGGGUUUUUUGGCAGUAGUCUAGGGGUGGGGGGUUUUUUUGGGAGUAGUCGGUUUUGGGGGUUAUGGCAUUUGUCUAGGUGGGGGUUUGGGAGGGGGGGAAAAAGUGUUUAGGGGGCAGUGUUGGGGGUUAAUGGCAAAGGGGAAAACGGUGGGGUUUUGGGGAUCCAAAAUGUGGGGGGGGGGUUAUGGCAUUUUUAGUUUUGAGGGGUUAAAAGGCGUAGGGCUAGUGUGAAAGGGUUUUGGCAGAAAUCUAGUGGGAAGGGGGUUAUGGGGGAAAAAGGGGAAAAAAAGUUUUUUGCAAGUAGUCUAUUUUGAGGGGUUAAAGGCCCGUAUUUUAGGGUGAGGGGGUAUGGCAGUGUUUGUUUUUGGGGGGGGGGGGGGGGGUGGGGGGUUAUGGCCCGUAGUCUAGUGUGGGGGGGGUUAUGGGGGGGAGUAAAUCUAGUGUGAGGGGUUUAAACCCGUAGUCCAGGGUGAGGGGGUUUUGGCAAUUUGUCUGUGGUUUAGGGUUUAGGGGGAUAGUCUUUGUGUGAGGGGGGGGUUAUGGCAGUAGUCUAUGUGGGGGUUUUGGCCGGGGAAAAAGUGUUGCAGUAGUUUUAAAUUUGAGGGGUUAUGGGGGAAAUAUCUUGGUUUAGGGGGGUUUUGGCAGUAUCUGUGUGAGGGGGUUUUGGCAAAAGGGGGAAAGGGGGUUUUGGCCCGUUUUGUCUAGUGUGGGGGGUUUUGGCAUAAAAUCUAAAUGUGGGGUUUGGCGUUUGGCUAGUUUUGAGGGGGUUUUGGGAGUAGUUUAGUGUUUAAGGGGGUUUGGCCAGUAUCCCAGUGUGAAAGGGGGUUUUGGCCCGGGGAAACAGGGGUUGAGUAGUCCAAAGGGGAGGGGUUAUGGCCGUAUUGUGUGAGGGGGGGUUUUUGGCAAAAUAGUCUAGUGUGAGGGGUUUUAAGGCAUAAAUCUAGUGUGAAGGGGUUUUGGCCCGUUUUUGGGGGUUUCCUAAUGUGUGAGGGGGUUUUGGCAGUAAAUCUAGUGGAGGGGUUUUUGGCAGGUCUAGUGUGAGGGGUUAUGGAGGGGGAAAAAGGUUUCAGUAGUUAGGUGAGGGGGUUUUGGCCAGAAAUUCUAGUGUGAGGGGUUUAUGGGAUUGUCUGUGUGAGGGGUUAUGGCAGGGGGAAAAGGGGUUUUGGGGAAUUAUUUUGUGUGAGGGGUUAUUGGGAGUAGUCCCAGUGUGGGGGGUUUUGGCAGUAGUCUGGUGAGGGGUUUGGCAGGGGCAAAGGGGGGUUUUGGCAGUAGUUAUGUGGGGGUUAUGGCAGGGGAAAAUUUGGGGUGCAAGGGGGGGUUAUGGCCAGUAGUCUAGUGUGAGGGGUUAUGGGGGGAAUGGGUUUGUCUAGUGUGAGGGGUUUUGGCAGUGUCUGUGUGGGGGUUAUUCAGAAUCUAGUGUGGAAGGGGGUUAAAGGCAAAUAUCUAGUGUGAGGGGGUUUUGGGAGUAGUCCCAGUUUUGAGGGGUUAUGGGGGGGGAGUAGUCUAGUGUGAAAAAGGGGUUUAUGGGGAGUUUCUAGGGGGAGGGGUUUUGGCAGUAGUCUAGUUGGAGGGGGUUAGGCGGGGGAAAGGGGUUUGCAGUAGUCUAGUGUGAGGGUUAUGGCAGGAGUCUGUGUGAGGGGGUUUUUGGCCCGUAAUUUUUAGUGUGAGGGGUUACGGGGAAAAGGGGGGUUUUUGGGGAGUAGUCUAGUGUGGGGGUUUUUGGCAGUAGUUAGUGGGGUUUUGGGGGGGAAAAAGUCAGUAUCUAGUGUGAGGGGGGUUUUGGCAGUACUGUGGGGGGGGGUUAUGGCAGUAGUCUAGUGUGAGGGGUUAAAGGGGGGGAAAACCCGUUUUUUUGCAGUAGCUAGUGUGAGGGGGUUUUGGCAGUUAAAAAAUUGGGGGGAGGGGUUUUUAUGGCAGUAGUCUAGGGGGGAGGGGUUUUUGGCAGUAGUUUGUGGAGGGGUUUAAAAAGUUCCCCGUAGUCUAGUUUUGGGGGGGUUUUGGCAAAAGUCUAUGGAGGGGUUUGGAGUAGCCCAAAUGUGAGGGGGGUUAUUGGGAUUAGUCUAUGUGGGGGGGUUUUUGGGAAAUGGGUUUGUGUGAGGGGUUUUUGGCAGUGUCUAUGUGAGGGGGUUUUGGCAGGGGAAAAUGUUUGCAAAUAGUCUAGUGGUGGGGGGGAUGGCAGUCGUUUAUGGGGGGGUUAUGGCAGUUGUCUAGUGUGGGGGGGUUAUGGAAAGGGGGGCGGGGUUGCAGUAGUCAGUUGAGGGUUUUGGGGAGUAGUCUAGUUUGGGGGGUUAUGGGGCAGGGGGAGUUCAAAAAUGUUGGGGGGGGGGUUUUGGCAGGGAGUUAAAAUUUUUGGGGGGUUAUGGCAGUAGUCUAGUGUGGGGGGGGGGGUUAUUUUGGGAGUAGUCUAGGGGGGGUUAAAGGGUUUAUUGGGGAGGGGGAAAAAAGUGGUUUCAGUAGUCUAGUGUGGGGGGUUAUGGCGUAGUUUUAGGUGAGGGGUUUUGGAGUAGUCUAGGUGAGGGGUUUGGCAGUUUGCUGGUGGGGGUUUUUGGCAGUAGUCUAGUGUGGGGGGGUUUUUUUUGGCCCGGGGAAAAAAGUGUUGCGUAGUUAGUGUGAGGGGUUAUGGAAAAUAGUCUAGUGUGGGGGGUUAAAGGCAGGGUUAGUGUGAGGGGGGUUAUGGCAGUUAAAUUAUUUUGAGGGGUUAUGGCAGGGGAAAAAGUGUGCAGUAGUCUAGUGUGGGGGGUUAUGGCAGUUUGUUAGUGUGGGGGGUUUUGGCAAAAUAGUCUAGGGGUGAGGGGGUUUGACAGUAUCUAGUGGGAGGGGUUAUGGCAGUAGUCUGGGUGAGGGGUUUUUGGCAGUAGUUAGUGUGAGGGGGGUUUUGGGGUAGUCAUGUGGAGGGGGGUUUUGGCAGUAAAUCUAGGUUUUUUUGGUUUUUUGGCAGUAGUCUAGUGUGUGGGUUUUUUUGACAGUAGUUAGUUGGGGAGGGGGUUUUGGCAGUAGUCUAGGUGGGGGGUUAUGGCAGUAGUUAGUUUUGAGGGGGGUUUGGCAAGUCUAGUGUGGGGGGGGUUUUGGCAGUAUUUUAGUGUGGGGGGGUUAUGGCAGGGGAAAAAGGUUUUGCAGUAGUCUAGUUGGGGGGUUUGGCAGUAGUCUAGUGUGGGGGGUUAUGGGCCCUUUUUCUAGGGGGAGGGUUAUGGCAGUGCUAUUUUGGGGGGUUAUUGGGAGUUGUCUAGUGUGAGGGGUUUUUGGCAGUAGUCUAGUGUGAGGGGGUUUUGGCAGUUUCUAGUGUGAGGGGGGAUGGCAAGGGUUUUGUGUGAGGGGGUUUUGGCAUUUCUGUGUGAGGGGGUAUGGCAGUUGUCUAGUGUGAGGGGGUUAUGGCAGUUGUCUAGUGUGUGUGUGCGGGAAUAAUGACAAGCGAACCUGGGGAGCUUUGUGUUCACAAUGUCCUAAAGAAAGAAACCCGACCGCGGAAUUCAAGCGAACCGAACUCGGACCACCUCUCGAGGUUGGUCUCCGUUCGCUUCGGGGGCUCUUUUGAGGGCGUCCGAGUUCCUUUUGGAGUGUUCACACUACACAAAAAAAGCGAACCGCACUGAGUUCACAAAUAUUAGCUGAAAGGGACCAAGUGUGAAAACAGCCUAAGUUUAGCCAGUUGUCUUGCCGUUUUGAAUGUUUCAUCCAGUGUCUUGUUAUUGAAUGGACUAGCAGCCUGCAGCGUAGUCUCUUACAUAAUGUUGCUCUGGUUUGGCUGUUUAGUUCUCUUAGCCAAUGUGGGGAUGUGCUCUGACCACCAGUGUGGUGUCUGGAGGGUCCGUGAGAGGACCCGUUCUCAGACUCUGGAGGUCAUUCAGAACAAGCUGUCUGCUACCUGUCUCAGUGCCAUGUGGGUUGGAGCACUGCUAUUCCUGAUACACGAGAGAGACUGAUUAGUUCUAUUCCUGCAACACUUGAGUGUGUUUCACUUCUAUUCCUGAGGCACUUGAGUCUGUGUGUUGUCAGAAACAAUAGCCCUAGUCCGGUCAGCAUGUGGAAACUUGUUUGUGUCCUGUAUGAACACAAUCUCGGGCCAACCAAGCAUUUAAACACACAACAGAGCCCUGACAGUAAGGUCACCUACUCUCUGACCUGUCAUGCUGCUAUAGGCCUUUAGGUCAUCCUGUUAGCAUCUAUAGCCCUUUAGGUCAUCCUGUUAGCAUCUAUAGGCCUUUAGGUCAUUCUGUUAGCAUCUAUAGGCCUUUAGGUCAUUCUGUUAGCAUCUAUAGGCCUUUAGGUCAUUCUGUUAGCAUCUAUAGCCCUUUAGGUCAUUCUGUUAGCAUCUAUAGCCCUUUAGGUCAUUCUGUUAGCAUCUAUAGCCCUUUAGGUCAUUCUGUUAGCAUCUAUAGGCCUUUAGGUCAUUCUGUUAGCAUCUAUAGCCCUUUAGGUCAUUCUGUUUGCAGCUAUAGGUCAUUAUGU